AGUUUAGGAUGCUGAGACGAGGCGAGCUGCUGGGAAGCAGGUGGAGACGGCGGAUGUUUACGCGAUGCGCUUCACUUAGGGAGGAUCAGAGGGAGAGAAUACAUCUGCCGUUGAUGAGAGACGCAGUAAGACAAUAUAUAAAUAAUAUAUAAAUUUAAAAAAUCACGUUCGGGGGUCGUUCUGUGUCGAUUGGAGCUCCGCCGCAGAAAGAGGCUGACGGGCUGCGAGGCGAAGCGCUCCAUCUGUCUCCAUCGUGUCGCUGGAGGCUGCGGCGAGGUGAUGCUCCAUCUUUGGAUCGGCGGCCGGAGCCGUUUUUCCUGAAAGCCUGCUAUUAUGCAGGGAGCAAGGGAGCCUGCGAGGAUUAAAGGGGAAAGAAGCACUGGUUUAGAAAACAUUUGGCACUCUGGCAGUGUGAGCCCACUAUGGUCGACCCCUCAGAUGUUGAGGAGCAGAAUAAGUGCAAAGGGCCACAACUUGACACACCAACUGUGGCCGCUGAAGACUCUCGACUACCAGAACCGUCCGAUGACACGACAACUGAGGAGGAAGGUGAUGCCGGUUUCGAGACGCCACCCACUGGCAGCUCGGAGCCCAGCCCCUGCCACACUGCGUCUCCUGUGGGGCCGCAGGUCAGCACACAGGGGGCAGCACCUCAGCAACCACAGACUCAGACUGACGCAGAGUUGCCACCGAAACUUCACUUGGACCUGUACAACUUUGAUUCACCCCAGGCGGAGGGCAGUCGUUAUGUGUUGACGAGCCCCCGCUCUCUGGAGGCAUGCGCUCGGUGCGGGGUCAAACCCGUGGAGCUGCUGCCUCGCCCGCUGGCCGACUUUGUCCGGGAGGCUCCAGGCCGGUCCAUGCGUGUCGCCACAGGUCUCUUCGAAGUCUAUGAGAAGGACAGACAUGGCAAACUCAGGCAGUGCAGGGAAGAGAGGGAGAGGAUCAUUAGGGAAGAGAAAAGACGGAUUCUGCAGGCAGCUGUCAACAGCAGCACGUCUUCAUCCUCUGUGGAUAAAGUCACAUCUGGGAUCGGUGUGCCUCCUAAAUCUGACACAGUUUCCUCCAGCUCAGUUCCCAAUGUGGGAGUUCCCUCUAAACCUGCAGCAUCGGGUGCAACUAUCCUAUCGAAAGCCUCCACCUCUACUCUUAGUACCUCCCCAAAAUCCAUGCAACCCAGAACUACCCCACCUGCAAAGUCUGGGCCCAAAACAUCCCUUCCACCUUCUAAGGGUCUAUUUCAAGGAUCAGUCAAAGCUUCAGUGUCCUCAUCAUCCGAACAUACGAAAACCACACAUCCAGUUUCAUCCGAUCCCCCACCGGUGCUCAAGAAAUCUGCCGGUGGUAAAUCUUCCAACACUUUUCCCAGAUCAACACCAAAACCCCCCUCCUUUCCCAGAGCCAACUCGACGUUAACAUCAUCAGUGUCGAAGCCUGCCGUUCAGAACUCCAACCCGCCUCUGAACGGCAUAACGAGAGGGCUGUUCUCUCAGCACAACGGACAUCUUGGAUUCCAGUCCAAGGCCCGAGGGAAAAGCCAUUCCCUGGAGUCUUUACAGAGGAGGAUGGAUCCCGUCUGCUGCUCAACCUCCACAACCACCACGACUACAUGCACCUCAUCAGAGUCCGGGGCGUCAUCUGCUUACAGCUGGGACGGUGCACGAGAUCACUGGGCCAAAAUGUCAAGUCCUCGAGCUCGCACAAUGGCCACCUUCAACUCCCUGAUGGGCCGCAGCCUCAGCCUCGGAGACCUCAGCCACUCCCCUCAGACAACACAGAAGGUGGAGCGCAUUGUGAAGGAGGUGAAGCGUCGAGGACUCAAGGCCGUGUCCGAGCGCGACCGCAAGAUCGCAGCUCUGAUGCUCGCCAGAUAUCAGGAGGAAGACAUCAUGAGCCAGACCCGCUACGUCGCUCACCUUCAGUGGGACAGCGAGCGCCGGAUGGAGGAGCUGCGGCGGGAGCAAGAGGACAGGGAGAAGCAGCGGGCGGUGCUCCAGUGCCAGCGAGUGUGGCAGACCCAGGUGUCGAUACGUCAGCAGAAGAUCUGCCGGCAGGAGCGCGACUCAGCCGCUGCUAAACUACGGCAGGCCGAGGAGCACGAGGAGCGCUGGAAGGAGCUGGCAGAGCAGCAGGAGCGCAGCCGUCUGCUGAGGCUGCAGCAGGCGGCGAGAGAAGAGAAGCACAAGAAAGCUCUACAGGAACAGAACCUGAAGGCCCUGGAAGAGGAGAGGGCUGCAGUGCUGGAGCAAGAGAGACUUCUCCUGGAGGAGAAGCUUACUAUAGCUGAGCUGAAGAGACAGGAGCGGGAGCACCAGGCCCAUGAGGAGAGGCGAGGUCUGAAUAAAGCAGAGAGGAGGCGUCACGCCGCCCUCAUACAAGAAAUCGCCCGUAGAGAACAGGAAGAGAGGGAUGAAGCCAAGAGGGCGGCAGAGGAGAAGCUCAACCGCUCCCUCGAGAACUACGAGCAGAUAGUCGAACGCCGGGGGCAGGAACUGAAGGAGAAGGCCAAGCGUGAGGAGAAACAGAUCCAGAAGGCUCGCAAGGCAGCGGAGAAACGCGAGAAGCAGCAGCAGCAGGUCCUGGAGGCCCGCGUGAAGGAGGCCGCCAAGCGAGCCCAGCAGGCCGCCAUGUUGGCCGAGGAGAAGGCCAAGGAGAAAGCCAAGCGGGCCGUCCAGAGUCGGCAGGAGAAGGAGAGACUCCAGAAGCUCAACAGGCAACGGGUGGAGGAGGAGGAGAAGCAGAGGCGCCUGGAGCUCCUGCAGUCCAUCGAGAGGAAGCUGGAGAAAAGCGAGCAGAUCUUCAGGGAGAAGAAGGCAGUGCUGGAGAGCGCCCGCUCCGUGGCCCGGGCGUCCUUUCACGUGCGGGACAAAGUGCGGGAGGAGACCAACACGCGCACUUUUGACAAGAUGGCCCUGGAAGCGCAGCUCAAAGCGAGUCUCGAUGAAAAGUAAACCCACGGCUUCGGCGCAAACCGCCGGUCACAUCAUCGGCUCUUGACCUUUGUCACUCCACAUGUUGCCCUUCUUCCAAACAACACAAGUGAUAUUUUUACAUUACAUAUCAUUACCCAUCAGCAGUUUUAUUAUGCUUUUGACCACUUUUCCCAUGAAAGUGAAAGUGAACAAAUCCAGAUUUGUAUUAUUGCCGUAUUAGAGAAGUAAACCAUAUCAGUAGUUAUUUCUCAACAGUGAAGCCCUUUAGUCAGAUGGAGCCAGCUUCAUGUUUAGAGUGGACAGAACAAUUUUCUUUUUGUGGCAACACAAACCGCUCUGUCUCUCUCUCUCUCUCUCUCUCUCUCCGUCUUUUUGCUCUUAGCUGCGUCUUAUUUCAGCCACUGGACUGGAAGCUGUGCUGGACUGAAAGAGUCAUUGUUUAUCUGGAAGCACAACUUCACGACAGCUGCGGGGGCUUUCAAGGGAACACUCCUGUUAGUGGGAUAGCAAGCCAGAGGAAAAGGCUAAACACAAAUGGUUCCCGGCCCGCGCGAUCAACAACAGCCCCUCCCCUCUUUUUUUUUGUACAAACGCAGACAGUUUGAAAGUCGAGCCCGAGAACGGAAGCUUGUCCGUCCUUUUGGCGCUGACGGUAGAUAUCGCACCACAAGCUUUCCUCCUUCAAAUUCCCUUCAGGAACUCUUUGUUUUAUUUCCCGUUGGUGUUAAAGUGCAGUCAGCACUAAAGCUCUCCGAGAGAAGACCUUCCCUCGACUCCCCGUGCCAUCCUCCUGCUUCCAACAGAGCGUCAUGGCGACCGUCUCCCAGUCGACAGCUGUGACAAAGGAAAAAAAAUUAAAUGGAAAAACUGAAACGACACACGUGAGAUGAAGCUGUUGCCGUGGCAAUGCAAAUCUACCUGGAGUUGCAGAAAGCGGCUGGGUAAUGAGGAUGGUUCACCGGGAGUUCGUUCUGGAAGUUUCUUUUCUUCCCAGGCAUGAUUUUGGUGUUGAACAGAGUCUUCUCGCUGUUACAGUGCCUCGCAAAAACAUUGAAUCAAUCAAACCUCAUUUACAUGAGGUUCAAAACAGCCCCUGGAUUUUCCUUUUCUCUUCUCUUUUUGUCGCAGUGCAGCCACAACUGGAAUCUGAUGUGACAAACCAAAACAGAGGAAGUCAAAGCAGUGAAGUUGAACGAGGGUCUGAGGAGUUUGGGUUGCAGUGAGAAAGGCCCGCCUGGCCCCCACAUUCACAAUUUGCAGAACUUUGGGUCCCAGAGGUGAUUAAGAGCAGAUGACUGAACCAAGCCUGAGCUUUCUGCACAACAAGCACUUCUCCUCUGUGAAAUGUACCUAUAGGAAAGCUGUUCACACUCAGUUUUUUUCAUCCGCAAUUCCCAUCGUCAUCGUCAACAGGCUGCUGAGAGAAUUCGUUUCUGCAUCAACGGAUCAAAUGUACGCGGUUCAAAAACAGCUUUAUUCAUACCAAGGCGUGCUGAUCAAUCUGUUCGUUUUUUUUGGUCCUUCUAACCUUCUUAUCUUAAAUGUUGGCUUUUCCCCCAGAUUUUCUGGUUAUUUAAUGUUUUGUUUUUUUUUUCUUUUCUCUCUCUUUAAACUACUGUUGUAUCAGAAAAGGUUUGAGAUGUAGCAAUAACGAAACGGUUCAGGGCGACAGCGGACGCUGUUCUCGUACACGCAAACAAAGCCGGACAAAUGAACAGAUCUUCAAGGAGGAAUUAAGUUAUCUGUCCUGUCCACUUCAUUUCUCUGUGAUAUCAUGUGAUUUUUGCAAUAAAAUGUUUCAAGCCCUG